UCUUCAUACGAUAACAGUCGCAGUAGUAGGGGGACAUGUGCUGGUGAUUCAGACUAAUUGGAACAUUGCCUGUGCACCUGCUUUGCUGUACACAAUGUCAACUGAAAUUCGUAAACUAUUUCUGGUAUUAUUCAUUGGAAUACUGUCGGCAUCUUCAAAAUCUGACGAUGGAGUGAUCACUGUACCAUCAACGGACAUUCCCAGCGAUGGAAAAGGCAUUAUACCAGCUGGUGACGGCACGUCGAACAACACCUCUAUGACAGUGCCUCCAGGUCUGUCGUCAGUACCUGGAUUAUUCGGUCUGGUGUACCGCGUCACCAUUCACCCGAUGAUUGUCUUCCUCCGUUUAUUCCUGGAUCCGAUCUUCUCACUUCUCCGGGGAGUGGUAGGCCCAGUUCUCGCGAUAGUAAACUAUUUGCUGGGGGAAUUGGGUUUACCAAGUCUGGGGGAGCUGCUGAACGAGCUCCUGAUGGGCCUUCAAGGUCACCUAGGGCGCAUCCUGGGAGAGGUUUCAGGUUUCGUGGGGACUCUUUUGGGUCCCCAGAACAACAGCCAGCCCCUCUCAAGGAGGAGACGGUCAGUGAUGGGUUUCCUGAUGAGUCCUAUCACUACUCCUCUGGGCUAUGCCUGGAGUAUAAUCUCCAUGCCCUGGAGGAUCGCCUCCGCCAGCACUAACAUGGUAACCACUCCGCUCUACUACGGGUACCGAUUACUUUCGUAUCCUCUCUCUGGGGCUGUGGCGGCGGGAACCUGGCCCACCAGACGUAUCCUCAGGUUGCUGGGCUUCGGUGGCACGAAGGAGACGCUUCCUAAUGGUCAGGAGGGCCCAGAAAAGGACCCCAUUGAUGAUCUCCUGGGGAGUCUCAGUGAAAGUGCGCAGGACGCCCUUGCUGAGGCCCUUGUCAAAGGCUUUCAGCUCAUGAAGAGCGAUAUUUUACCAGCUAUCGACGCCGCUGCAGUUAAUUAUCAGGACUCGGACAUGGUACCUGAUUCGCUUAAGGACUAUAUGAAGAACUUUCAUCAGGUUUAUUCACUACUCCACACCCUUCGCGUUCUGUAAACCUGAUCUCUUUAGAGGUGCAAUAAAAAUUCAACAGGCAUUCAUAGAUUAUGUCUCUAUCAUUACGUGAUUUUGAAAAAUAGAAAAAAUGGAGAAGAUGUUAAUUGGUACAAUUUAUAUCUUAAAAAAUCGAUAUAAUAUCUGUUUUAUAGAUAUUUUUGUAUGUAUAUUGUUUAUAAAUUUUAAAAUAUUUAUAGAAUUCGUCAUAUUAUUAUAUAUAUUUCGGAAUAUUUUUUGAUGGGGGAGUCAAUGAAACAUGAACAAUUGAUUUCGUCAUUACAGAUAACAAUUUUCAUUUUGAUGCAAUAAAAAAAUCAGUGAAAUGCACUUCGUGCAUGCAAUUUCGUGGAUGGAACUGAGAGAAUUGGAAUGUCACAGAUUUAUUUAAUCUUGAUCGAUCUCGCUAAGGAUUGAUUUUGAAAGAAUGUCUCAAUAGAUGUAUUAUGGAAAAUUCAAUGAACAGUUGAUAAGAAUAUUAUUUCGACUUACCUGACUUUGGCUUUUCACUUCGGAAUUAAAACGUAUGAAAAAUAAAAUAAGAAAAUAUGGAGAGAUGUUGCAAUAUGUCCUCAUUUAUUUCAAGAAUUGGUCUACACUCGGGAGAAUAAAGGAAUAAAUAACAAUAAUUAAUCCUAUCUAAAAUAAAAGAAACGAUGUUCCGUUCCCAAUACAAAAAA